UUUUAAGCACAUGACUUGUGGUACUCCAGUGAGCAACAACAACAGAAACAUUUGUGGUGUUGUACGGCUAAUUUUUUGCCUAGCUAGCAUUCUUUCGGCGCUUUUUCUGCCGUCGGUUGGGUAACAUUAUAUUUAAAAUGAAGCUUCAGUGUUUAGUCGUUGCUUUGUGCUUCGGCGCCGGUGUAAUGGCGGGGAAAUACUCCCGUGAAGUGAACGAGCACAAGCUGAGCGGCAGUGAUGGGCAGACGGUGGAGUUCAGGAUAGCCAAGCUGAACCAGGUGUGGGAGAAAGCUGAGAGGAUGCAGUUGUCCCCAGUGCGGCAUUCCGAGCUGCACAGUGACCUGAAGAUUCAGGAGAAAGAUGAGCUGCAGUGGAAGAAGAUGAAGGUGGAGGGGCUGGAUGAAAAUGGGGAGAAAGAGGCUCAGCUGCGACGUAACUUCAAUGUCAUCCUGGCCAAGUAUGGAAUGGAUGGGAAAAGAGACACUCGACCACUGGAGAGCAACCACCUGAAGGACCAUGACACCAAAGAGGGAGACAUAUUUGAUGAUCCCAGGCUGGACAAACUCUGGAACAAGGCCAAGAGCUCAGGGAAGUUCUCCAAUGAGGAGUUGCUGAGCCUGAAGAGGGAGUUCCAGCAUCACAAGGACAAGAUCCAUGAGUACAACAUCCUCAUGGAUACCGUCAGCAGGACUGAGGAAAUACACAAAAAUGUGAUCUCUCCCCUGGAGGGCGACGCCAAAGAGCACGUGCUGCACCAGAAGCACACGGACCUGAAGCAGAAAAUGAGAGACCUCAACCAGGGCUUCGAGCGCCUCCGUAAGCUCAGCCACGAGGGCUUCACUGAAGACAGCGAGUUUCGUGAGCCCCGUGUGAUUGAACUGUGGGAGGCUGCCAAAAGAGCCAACCUCAGCGAAGAUGAGCUGGACUCUCUCAAGGAGGAGCUGCGUCACUUUGAGACCAAGGUGGAGAAGCACAGCCAUUACCAGGAGCAGCUGGAGCUUUCCCACCACAAGCUGCGACAUGUGGAGGCUUUAGGAGACAAAGAGCACAUCAAGAAGAACCAGGAAAAGUACAACACACUCGCUGAGAAGACCAGGGAGAUGGGCUACAAGAUGAAGAAACAUAUGCAAGACUUGUCCAACAAGAUCUCUCAGCAGGGACUUGAGCACAAUGAGCUCUGAGAGGCUCGGAUCAUCGUGUCAUUGAAGGUUGAAUGAACUAAAAUAAUUCCCUCCCCCCCCCCCACACACACACACACACACACACACACACACACACACACACACACACACAUAACAUACGUUACAUUCCCCCAUUCCCCUUCAACUACUGUAAAAAAAAAAAAAAAUCAAUGUUUUCUACUUUUCUAGUGUUACUAGUUGUUUAGAAAUGAAAAUGAAUGAGUUGUAGGUUUUUGUACAUAUUAUACAAAUAAGAGAUUUCUUAUAAAUCAGGUGGACUUAUUGUGAUGACUUACUGGUCAGAUUAUCAGUCACGGUACAGAUCAAAUAAAGGUGGAAUAAUUUUUAGUCUGGUUCUCUGCAGCAACACUUAUUUGUACAACCAAUGACAGUGUAGAAGAAAUGUCUGGGUGAGAAUGUGCUCCGAGAAAGUCAACUUUUGUGUGGGUGGCUGAGGAGCUGAGUUACUCUUGAUGUAGAUGAGCAAAUGAUGUAGUUUAGCUGCUAAGGGAUGGUUCAGGUCCUGGGAAACAGCCAACCGCCUGCAUGAGAACUUCAUCCCGUGGGAAUAUUGGCACAUUGGUGGCCAGACAAUUUGUCCACACCCGUCUGUCAUUAGCUGUGCAAGUAAUAAAUGCUGCAUCAGAUAAGCUGUUACUACUGGAGUAACCCGUAGCUUGGUUUGCUGAAAUAUUGCAAUGUUACUGCUUUUGUCUAAUCAAUAUAAAAUGAAGAAUGCUUUGCAGAUUCAGGUUAGAAGCACUGAAACUUAAAAUGUAACAGCAACCUUUAAUAUUCAAUAAGAUACAGGUGGCAACAACAUACAAACAGUAAUAUUUUAAAAAUAUAGUUGAAUAUCAUUCAUAUUGUUUUGGCAUAAAUAAAAGCAGUUACUAUUUACAAGUCCUAGAGAACAUACCCCUUUGCCACUGCAGUCCCUGUAGCGGCAUUAACAAACCAUUCUUAGUCAAAUUUGAAGUUUUUCUAACUCAUCCUCACGUUGUGUUUUUUUCUCAUCAUCUUCUCGUCAGACACAGUGGUGGGGAACCGCCACCAUAAAAAUAAAUUGGCAUCAAAUAUUGGACAAUUUGUUCUGAUGAUAUCAAGAGGGAGAUGAGAAAUGGGAACACACACUGUGCUUUUCCAUUCAUCAAUUCCUGCCCUCUCACAGAGCAGAAGCAGAGACAUUGAUUACUGUGAUGAAUAAUGUUACUGGCUGGCUGAUUACCCAGUCAUGUCCUGCUUGGGCCGCAUGGGUCUGGAUUAAUGUAGUUUGCUCCUGAGAUAUAACUCUAAGCUGCUUAUUUCAAUCGAAUGCUUUUAAGCUCUGAUGUGGAAUGAUAGCCAAGCAAGCUGGGACUCUUAACAGUGUCAGUGUGAUGAGGGGGGCUUGAUUUCAUUGUGUGAUCAUUUUCUGCUUCAAUCCUGUGAUAGAUCAUUUCAAUAUAAACAGUGGCAGUGUGCGACCUCUUGAUAAGAGAGGUAACAACAGAUAGAGCCACACCACAGUCUGAAGAAAGUAGAUCUAAAUUCCAGCUUAACAAAGUACAACUUGAUGCCAAGCAAUGUUGCUGUCUAUCUUUGUCUCUAUAAUAUCAGUGGUAAACAUUAGUCUUUGGUGACAUUCACUCAUAAUUAAGGACAUUUAUACCAAUGCUCAACGGUCAUCCUGAGAGAAUCUUCCUCCAACCUCAGCCGACAUAAGUGCCAUGCAGCCAAAAAAAAGUAACAAUUCUGGGUUAAAGGUCAUCAAGAGAAAUGCAGGAAAGCACUAAUUUAAGUACAAGUAUAUGAGAAGAUACAACAGAACACAAAACACAUCCAAGAUGGCAGCUGCAUAAGAGAUUUCCCAGACAUUUCCUGUUUUUUGUAUUUUUUAGUGGAAUGGAUUGUUGGUGGGAAACUGCUGUACACUGGCACAACUGUGGGUGUGUUUAAGUGCAACGAUGAUUGCUAUGAUGAACAACUGCAAUUGAUGGAGAGAAUGAGCAAUGAAAACUAGUUUGAAGUGGCAACGAGUUGGGCGUUGCAGAGUCAGUUUGGUGGCCCUCGUCGCCUGCUCUCCAGUUGAGUCAGUCUGUCCUCCCUGCCCUGAACAUGCUCCGCCCCCACUCUCUGAGCUGUUUCCAUGGCAGUGAUGUCGAGGUGGGCGUACCUGAUGGAGCCCUCUUCUGGUCGAGAAAUCGGUGGUAGAGGAGGAGGAGAAAAGAGAAAAUGUUGUUUCUGCUUUGUAUUCUUUAACUUAAAAUUGUCACAUACAGGAAAUACAUACAGUGUCAUUACCUAAAGUGCAUUGUUCAGUUACUUUGUACUUUGUAUUAACUGAAACAUAGAUCUCUUUUAUCAAAAAUGCAUACAUUUAUUUGAAGAUGUUCUAUUUAAUUUGCCAAUUCACACCUAAGAACUUUAACACAUUUGGACUGUUAUGUCACUGUUAUAAUGUGAUUGUACCGCAUAAAUUCGCCUCUGAACUAGCACUUAAAAUAAAAUGCAUAUGUUUGUUUUACGCAAAUAAAUUGUUUUCCCAUUCA